AUGAGCGAAGAGGACUCGACGAGCGCCGCUGCGCAGCAGCCGACGAGCCGGCCCGCUCCGAAGCUCAAUGAGAGGAUCCUGUCGUCGCUGUCGAGGAGGGCGGUGGCCGCGCAUCCGUGGCAUGAUCUCGAGAUCGGCCCUGGGGCUCCAGCGGUGUUCAAUGUUGUUGUUGAGAUCACAAAGGGAAGCAAAGUAAAAUAUGAGCUUGACAAGAAAACUGGAUUGAUUAAGGUUGAUAGAGUUCUGUACUCAUCAGUUGUAUAUCCUCACAACUAUGGUUUCAUUCCGAGGACACUUUGUGAAGACAAUGAUCCAAUGGAUGUGUUGGUCCUGAUGCAGGAGCCUGUUAUUCCUGGUUCUUUCCUCCGAGCUAGAGCAAUUGGCCUUAUGCCCAUGAUUGAUCAGGGCGAAAAGGAUGACAAGAUCAUAGCAGUCUGUGCUGAUGAUCCUGAAUACCGUCACUACAAUGACAUCAGUGAGCUGUCUCCUCACCGCCUCCAAGAGAUCAAGCGCUUCUUUGAGGACUACAAGAAGAACGAGAACAAGGAGGUCGCUGUCGAUGCGUUCUUACCUGCAACCACUGCCCGCGAGGCCAUUCAGUAUUCAAUGUAA